UCAAAGAUAUUUCAAAGAUGGUUCAAAGAUAUUUCAAAGAUGGUUCAAAGAUAUUUCAAAGAUGUUUCAAAGAUAUUUCAAAGAUAUUUCAAAGAUGGUUCAAAGAGUUCUUUUUGGAGUGUAUAAAAAUUUCAGUAUAUUACGUUUAAAAAGGGAGAGGAGUGUAGGGUCCAAACAUUAUAAUUUUUUUUUGAAUAAAAAAUAUGCUUUAGGCUGUUUUUGUUUUUGAAGAAAAUGACUGAAGGGAAUACUGCCCUGCAAGCUCGUGAAAAAAAUGCAGCAAAGAAGAAAAACCUUAUUCCUGCAAACCUUGGAAUCAUACACCUGUGCAGUUAUUUUGCAAUGCUGAUCUGCUUCUACACAUUCUACUACAAUCUGAAUACUCAAAGCCUAGGGAUUCGACAGUUUCUAGUCUCAUCUGUAAUGGAUAUAGUCCACUGUGUAGUUGCUCCAGCAGUCUUGUUCUAUGGUUCAGAGGAUUUACGAAGAAAAGGAAGACGAUUUGUGGAAAAGAUGCUAAACAUCGUCCUUUCAAGAUAAUUUCUGCAACGAACUGUAGGUGUAAUUUCAAGUGACUGAUUCACAACAGUACCCUUUAAACCUUUGACUGAUCAAGGAUGAUGGACUUAUCCUUAUUUAUAUACAAACACGCUUGUAAUUGUUUAUAACUUUGCUUGCAAGCUGUUCUCGAAUGUAAUAUGAUUGAUGUUUAUUAAAUUACUUUCCAAAAGUCACAAAAAAUAAAUUAAAUACAAAUUUUUGGAAACCGUGUUUUUUUAAGAAAUCUGUUGCGUUAAAUUCAUACUGGAUGUAGCGCCUACACCGAUUUUCCGGCAAUUUGAACUCUAUUUUAGAGAUAACACGCGGAGUUCUCUAUCGUCGAUGAUCAGUCAAAUUUUUUUAAGGGUUCUGUCGUGAUUGGGAUAUUCUGCUAAUGUAUGUAUGAAGGGUCUCUUAAAAACACACUUAAAAUCCCUUAAAGAAGAUAAGAAACUUUUCAAUCUCGAUCUCCGACUUUUCGAGAAAUUUAAAUAUUUAGCGGAAUGAUCUUAUCUUAAGAAAAGACGCAAAAACAAAACAUCUGCUUUUUUCUGUUCUGAUUUAAAUUGAAUUAAACGCUACUGCUGUCAAUUGUCUAUUAUGAAAAUACCUGUACAUCAUUAAAUGUCUAUAAUGGAACUUGUAAAUCUGUUUAUUGCGUCUAUGUUGACAUGUACAUAAAGGGUUAUCUACAAAGCAUGAAACUAAAUUUACGGAGUUUAUUUAACCAUUUUGCGAAAUUCCUGCUCUCAUGUUUCUAUGAACGUCAAAAUUCAACCUUCAGAAAGUCAUAUUUAAUCAGUUCCAGGUGUCAUUAAAGUCUCUCCUUUUUUAUAUAACCCUCUACACCAUUUUGAGUAAUCCUGUACGUGUGUACAUUUUUUACUAUGUCUAAAUAAAAACUGUAUUGUUUAUAUAUAUAAAACUUAUGUAAUCUGCAUUAAACAUAUUCUAAAGUCCAAACAUUAGUCUAGAACACCAAGCUUAUUCUUGAUAUCUACUGCGAGGAAAACU